UUAUAAUAAUUAGGAAUUAUCACAAACCAUUACUAACAAACAACCCUUAGCUAAUUAGCUUUUGCUGAUCCCCCGCCCCCCCCCCCCCCCCCCCCCCUUAUAUAUACCCAAAAUUAAUGCACCAAACUCACACCACAAAACUUUGUCCUCAUCUUCAUUAAUACUCACUACUGCAAGAUAUAUUGCUACUAUUGUGAUGGAGGGUGCGGUGGAGGGUGUGGUGGUGCGCGGCCGUGUCCAGAUCGACACCCGGAAGCCUUUCCGGUCGGUUAAGGAGGCUGUCCUAAUGUUUGGGGAGAAGAUUUUGGCCCCAGAAAUUUAUGCCAAGCAAAUCAACACUACUCAGGUGCAUUCAAAAACAAGUGGGGAAUUAGGAGAAAAGCAGACGACUACCACAAGAUUUGGAGGAGUAAAAGCUGCAAUAGAGCUAGAAGAGACAAAGCAAGAGCUCGGAAAAGCCAAAGAAGAAGGAACAUUAAUGGCGCAGUGCCUUCAAUCUCUCAAGGAAGAACUGGAACAAACAAAGAGAGAAAUCCAGCAGCUCAAGGCGGCAAAAGAACAGCGCGGGGCAGAGAUUGAAGAGCUCAAGUUUAUUGAGAAAGCGCCACCCAAACCCGAAGGUUAUGAUGAAGAAGAAGAAGAUCAAUUAUUCGAGAGAAAGAAGUCAGUGAAGUUCGCUAACCCUCCGGCGCUCACAAGGGUGAUUAAUCUCACUAAAGAUAAUAAUAAUAAUAAUACUGAUAGCCCUUCACUACAGGCGAAGAAGAAGUUGAAGAGGAGGCCUCUCAUCCCUCUCAUUGGAGCAUUGUUUACAAAGAAAAAGGGAAGCCAAUGAAAUAUUAUAUUGGAAGAUCAUAUCAAUUCAUAAAGUUGUUGUUUGUAAGUGUGAGGAUCGAACUUUAAUUAAUUUGGACAAGAAAUUCAAAAUAAAUCAGAGAGAGUAAAUUCCAUUUCAUGUUACUA